AUGGCCUUUCCCAAAGAAUACUCCAAAGAACAGCUGAAUUACUUCAGAAUUUGUUUUACAACUACUGAUAUUCUCGCCGAAGGCCUACGAGAAAUUUUUAAACAAGAAUGGGACAAACAGCACAAAUUAACAACAGGAGAAUGGAAAGACGAGCCUCGGAAUGGAAUGGACUUUUAUAACGGAGAGUCUAUCCGAAACCAAAGAAGAAAUGCUCAUCUUUUAGCCAUCAUGCAAAACGGAAACAGAGAAGAAUGGGAUUGCACAAUGCUUUUCUACGCCAUUCUUUUCUCCGAUUGUGUUGGGCCCAGUCUUAGCGCAACUGUGAGGAUGAAUGUGGAUGAUCUUAGAAAAUUCAGAAACGAAGAAUUUGCUCACAUGAAACAAGGUAGUCUCUCCGACACAGAUUUUCAGAAUGCUAUUAGCAAAGUUGAGGUGGCAUUUAAAGUGCUUGGUCUUCACACUGUCAAGAUUCAAGUUUUAAAAAAUCAGAAAAAGUUUCCGACGGAAGAAUUGCAACAGAUCCUCAAAAAGGUUGAUGACCUUAAACAAGAAGUUCAAGAAAAAGAGGAUCAACGUCAGGUCCUUGAAGAUCAGCUUCAGAAAGAAACGCCCUCAUUUUGUAUUCUCCCUCCUAAACCUUCACAUGAUGUCGGUGGUCGUGAACGAGAGGUGUCAGAAAUAGCCCAGCAGCUGAGGGAGCUAAAAGAGUCCAGUGACAACCAGCUCAGUUGUCUGUACAUCUCAGGGAAUCCUGGAAGUGGCAAAUCACAAUUAGCUGGCCUCGUAGCUAAGAGGUACUUUGACGAGAUUAAGGAAAUAUCAGGCAUUUCCUCAUUUGUGAUGACCUUAAAUGCAGCUUGUCCAGAUUCACUCUUGGAGUCAUAUGUCUCAUUUGCUCGCCAUUUAAAGUGUCCAGACUAUUCGGUUAUGAAAAUCCUCAGCUCCAAGGACUGGAAAGUAGAGGAAAAAAUCACUUAUCUUAAGACGCUUAUUGCUGAGAAAAUUCGCUGUUAUACGUCUUGGCUACUGGUUGUUGACAAUGUCAGCACCAUGUCCUCUGUGCAUGUCCAUUUACCAGAGGCUGGAAUCCACACUUGGGCAAGGGGUCAGAUUCUGAUUACAACUCAAGACAUUAGGUCAAUCCCCCCCGAAAGCUCUUUUGUUAAUCACAUCUCAGCAAGCAAAGGUAUGGAGCCCAACGAAGCCUGUUCCUUAUUGGCCAAGCUAUCUGGAAUAAAAGAUAGCGAUUUAUUGAGAAAAGUGGCACAAAAGCUAGACUAUCAACCUCUUGCUUUAGCAGGCGCUGCUGUCUUUGUCAAAGGGAUACGACAGGACAAAGCAUCGAAGCAUUUUGGUUGGAACGAAUACCUGACGAUGUUAGAAAAAGGCAAAAGAGAAACUACGGAGGAUACACUCGCAUAUACAAACCCAAUUUACCCAAAGUCAAUGACACAAGCAAUUAAGCUAACCGUCGAAACACUAAUGAGUUCUGACGAGAUUGUGAAACACCUUUUCACUCUCCUUUCCCUCUGCGCACCACAACAAUUAAACGUCGACGUAGCAAUUAAUUAUAUCAUUAACGUACUCCAAGACUAUCAUGAAGAUGACAAGGAACUAAUACGCAUGAAGUUAAGAAAUUGCUCGCUUUUGCUUUUCGAAGAUGACCAGGGUAGCUACCUCAUUCGUGUGCACCAGGUUGUGCAUGAUACUAUCAAACGUGUGAUGAGCAAUUGUCCAGAGAUUGAAACCCCUCAAGUCAUAAAUGCCGUUAUUACAUCAUUUGACGAAUUUAUAGACGCUGUUCCACAAUUAAAUAUCAGACUGGACACCAUACGUCUCGUUCCACAUUUAAAGGCCAUAACAAUGGUAACCGACAAAGUGUUUGUAAAAGAAAAUUUUCUUCAAGUUCACGACAAAGACAUUUCAGAAAAAUGUGAAAAAAUGGCGCAUAUUUGUAAAAUGCAUUGUGAAUUUGACGUAGCCAAAACAUACUUUGCCCAUUCACUCGCAAUAAAACGUGAAAAGCUCGGCCCUGACCAUGUUGAAGUUGCAUCAAGCUACAAUGAUUUGGCUUCAACUUAUCAGCACCUAGGUGACCUCGACCAAGCCAAGGAGUAUCAGCAACGUGCUCUAGCGAUUACACUGGACAAGCUCGGCCCUGAGCAUGUUGAUGUUGCAAGAAGCCUCAAUAACUUGGCUUCAAUUUACCAGGACCUAGGUGACCUCGAGCAAGCCAAGGAGUAUCAGCAACGUGCUCUAGCGAUUACACUGGACAAGCGCGGCCCUGAACAUGUUGAUGUUGCAACAAGCUACAAUAACUUGGCUUCAAUUUACCAGGGGCUAGGUGACGUCGAGCAAGCCAAGGAGUAUCAGCAACGUGCUCUAGCGAUUACACUGGACAAGCUCGGCCCUGAACAUGUUAAUGUUGCAACAAGCUACAAUAACUUGGCUUCAAUUUACCACCAUCUAGGUGACUUCGAGGAAGCCAAGGAGUAUCAGCAACGUUCUCUAGCGAUUAGACUGGACAAGCUCGGCCCUGAACAUGUUGAUGUUGCAAGAAGCUACAAUAACUUGGCUUCAAUUUACCAGGACUUAGGUAACCUCGAGCAAGCCAAGGAGUAUCUCCAACGUUCUCUAGCAAUUAAACUGGUCAAGCUCGGCCCUGAACAUGUUGAUGCUGCAACAAGCUACAAUAACUUGGCUUCAAUUUACCUGCAGCUAGGUGACCUCGAGCAAGCCAAGGAGUAUCAACAACGUGCUUUAGCGAUUAGACUGGACAAGCUCGGCACUGCACAUGUUGAUGUUGCAACAAGCUACAAUAACUUGGCUUUAAUUUACCAGGACCUAGGUGACCUCGACCAAGCCAAGGAAUAUCAGCAACGUGCUUUAGCGAUUAGACUGGACAAGCUCGGCACUGCACAUGUUGAUGUUGCAACAAGCUACAAUAACUUGGCUUUAAUUUACAAGGACCUAGGUGACCUCGAGCAAGCCAAGGAGUAUCAGCAACGUUCUCUAACGAUUAGUCUGGACAAGCUCGGCCCUGCACAUGUUGAUGUUGCAAGAAGCUACAAUAACUUGGCUUCAAUUUACAAGAAGCUAGGUGACCUUGAGCAAGCCAAGGAGUAUCAGCAACGUUCUCUAGCGAUUAGACUGGACAAGCUCGGCCCUGAACAUGUUGAUGUUGCAACAAGCUACAAUAACUUGGCUUUAAUUUACAAGGACGUUGGUGACCUCGAGCAAGCCAAGGAGUAUCAGCAACGUUCUCUAGCGAUUAGAGUGGACAAGCUCGGCCCUGAACAUGUUGAUGUUGCAACAAGCUACAAUAACUUGGCUUUAAUUUACAAGGACGUUGGUGACCUCGAGCAAGCCAAGGAGUAUCAGCAACGUGCUCUAGCGAUUAGACUGGACAAGCUCGGCCCUGAACAUGUUGAUGUUGCAACAAGCUGCCACAACUUGGCUUUAAUUUACAAGGACGUAGGUGACCUCGAGCAAGCCAAGGAGUAUCAGCAACGUGCUCUAGCGAUUAGACUGGACAAGCUCGGCCCUGAACAUGUUGGUGUUGCAACAAGCUACAAUAUUUUAAACAAGGACGACGGCGGCGGCACUGAAAACAGCAAACGAGCAUAGGUUUAUAUAAGGAAAGCAACAGCUUGGCACAUGCAUCACGCCUUUUGUACAUUUUGUAGUCGUCGUUGCAUGAGUACGACGUGAAAGAGCCUAAUUUCACGUUUUGCCUAGGAAGGGAACACAAGACAACAACUUUCUUUUCCUUUUUCUGAACUUUGAUAUGGUCCUUUAGAAUUUAACUCUAAAGUCAUUUGCCAAUAUUUGACGAAUUAAACGAGAUGGAAUAAGGGUGAUAAAGAUUGAGGUAGCGCGAAUUUAUUUUUGUAGUGACGUUUUCGUACCCGUCGCCAUCGUUGUUGCUUAGGCUCCUUAUUGCUUUUGUAUAAUUGGAGUACAAACAAAAUGUAUCAAGCAAAUCAAAGCAAUCGCGCAGGCUGACAGACUCACGCGAAAUUUUUUGCCCUUUUAAGGGAGUACACCAAUGGUAACCAGAUGCAUUGUCCAUCCAAAACAUAAAUACUUACCUGCGGGUUGACUUACCGCGAUCUAUGUAAAGUUAUAAAGAAUUAACCAUUAUUAACUUCAGGCAUUGGCUUGGCCUUCUAUACGUUUUACGGAAAAAUGGCAUCCCCUCCUGAUAUCAGAAUUUCUCACCAUCUCCUCUUUCCUUUUGAAAACAUUUUAAGAUCUCUCUUUUUUAUAGUUGUACUGCGGCUAGCUGGGUGUGAUCGAAACGAUAUCAAAAAUUAUUUAUAUUCGUUUGCGUUUUUACUUUCAGUAGGUGUAAAAGCAGCUAAACUCGGCCCUAAAUUCGAAAAAGGCCUUCGUUCGGUAAAAGAUUACGCUUCUAAGCUUUUGCUUAGCUCGGCAGCGAUAAAACUAAAAGUGACUUGUCGUUUUAGAUUCAGUAGCUGAACAGUCCUAGUAGUCUAAGAAAGAGAAUUACAGUUGACUCCCGAUAACUCGAACCUUCCCCUGACUCGGCGUAAUUUUUGUUUCCCUUCAUAUCAUUUCUAUACAAUUUUCAACAGAAAUAGAUGAUACACUUGGGUUAAUAGGCUCCUAAUUAGAAAUUAAUGCAAGUAUCAUUUUAGGUUGUAAUAACAAUUCUUUAUAUCAAAGGGUUGAUCAGUGGUCAGAAGAGGGAAAUCGCGUGACUUCAUGAUUCGAUAACUACAUGAACACUGACACUGUAUUAUAAUAUCAUCAGGAACCGAAUACUCGGCUUCUGUAAUCAGUGAAAAAUGCAAACUGUAAUGUCGUACUUUAGUGAAGCGUUGCCCUGCUCAGGCCACUUAAGGCAUGACUACCUAACUAAAUAUGCAUGUUUUAGUAAAUUCUAUUUAGAACGAUUUGCUUCCAUCAGUACUCCUGAAAAGUGAACUACAAAUGAGGCUCAACGAAAAAAAAAACACGUGAAACGUGAUUUCAAAUAACACGUGACAUCGCUUCGUCAAUGACGUGACAAAACACGUUUUCCUAAACGAGGAAGGGUUGCAAACCUUAAUCUUAGGAAUUUUCACUACCAAAAUGUUACAUAAAUAGUGUAAAUCGUAAAUUCACCUUGUAUGAUUGGAAAUGUUAUUUAUCCUAUUAGCUAUUGAACUAAUUAAUAAGCCACUUGACCCUUUUCCCUUUAUUUACCGAUUCCUAUAUAACGUAAACACACAUACAAGGCGAAUUUAUAAGAACCUUUUUAAUAGCCUCUGAAAUGUACCUAAAAGAACUUGUUGCUCUUUCAUUGUCCUUUCCCCAUUUUAGAGUAAACAUUUUGACCGUCAAUUCUCAAUUAUCAGUCACGUGACGAAAAUUUGAGCUUCUAAAAUGCGCUCAUAUUGCUAAGGCCAUUAACCUACAUUUGUAGUUCAAUUUUUAGGAUCAUUGAUAGAGGCAAACCGUUCUAAAUAGCAUUUUUUCAAAAUAUGCAUAUUUAAUUAGAUAGUCAUGCCUUAAGUGGCCUGAGUGAUUGGCUGAUUAAAAUCUUAGUGAAUAAGUUUUUUACACAACGGAAAAUUGAACUGAAUCGUCAACUUAUAUAAAAUAAAGAAAUAAAUAGAGAGACAAUGCAGAAAGUUUUUGAUACUAGGGUUGUCUAUUGAUACUACCUGUUGAAUGCAGCGUAGCAACUUCAAAAAGCGUUGCAAGCGUAGCUAGCAUGGCAAGGGCAAAAAGUGUAGCAAGCAAAUGUAGCAAGCGCAUAGGGCAACAAGUAUAGAAAAUGUACUGUAGCAAGCGCACCAAGUGGAUCUUAGCAAGCGUAGCAAACGUAAUAGCGGAGCGAAGCGCGCGCGCGUGGGCGGAGCCCCAUAGCUAAGUAAAUCUACCCAUCCCAGAAAAUUUGGUUAUCACGUGACCGUACACCGAACGAACGAACGAACGAACGACCGUCCGUCCGCACCACAGGCAUACCAAUGUUUACUGUCACACUUUCUAGAUAGUUUGGAAGCCCAGGAGAAAAGUGAUUGCACAUCAAUGUUGUGAUCAAUUGACAGCUGUCAAAACAGGGUUUCCGCUGACCAGUAUCACCUGACCGUAUCGCGGGCUCAGGUGUCGACCCAUCGAGGUCGAGUAUUUUUUGAAGUUAUCCCCUGACAAAUUACUAGUUUUCAAAUGAUCGCAAGCUCAAGUUUGUUUUUUUAAAAAUUUAUAUGAAAUGUGUCGUGUUUAUGUCACUAUGGCCCAGCACUAUUAAGAUUUUGAUUUCAAACUUACCUCGGACACGAAAAUUCAGCCAGUUAUUUAAAAACACAGGCGGAGAAGACCUUUUGUUAUCAUGGACACGCGUUGGUCACGCUCUACGUCCAAUUUUUAUGCUCUGAUUGGUCAAAAUUUGACAGGUGAGUUCAUGCAGAAAAUUUAUGCAGCAUCUCGAAACUUGUUUACUUUUGACAGCUGAAGCUGACAGAGUUUUGUGUCAACUUGUGAUGUUUUUUUUUUUUAUGUCUUUCUCCACUGGAUGUACAAAAUGAAAUACAGCUGCUAUCAAGAGUCUUCUGUUAUUCAUGGCUGGUUUGUUUGUUGGGUUUUUGGUUGAGAAAUGCAGCAUCUUGAAACUUGUUUACUUUGACAGCUGAAGCUGACAGAGUUUUUGUCAACUUGUGAUGUUUUUUACUGUCUUUUCCCACUGGAUGCACAAAAUGAAAUACAGCUGCUAUCAACAGUUCUCUUAUUCAUGGCUGGUUUGUUUACUGAAUUUUUGGUUGAGAAAUGCGCCGCUUGUCGAAGUCACAAAUCCGAUUUCUGAUGACAUCGUUUUCAUUUUUCACCUUGCUAGAUGCGGGUUGAAAAGUCCCUCAAGCGGCUUUCAGGAGCUGCAUCUCGAAUGGUAAGUCUGAGUAAUUAUUGUGUUUGUUUUUUGUAUAUCUAAUUUCAUGAAGUCGAGCGCAGUUUAUGAGGCUAGUUUAUGCACGUUUGUAUUAAGAUCUGAGACAAUGAUCUGACCUACUAUGAGAUUUGAUAUAAGCUUACAGAACUUUAAAAAACCUUUAGUCGAUAUUUUCUCUCCGCAAAUAGAAAGAAAAAAUGUUCCGAAGAGUAUUUAGUUAUAAUUUUGGCUGUAGAAAGAAAGCUUUGAGCGAUUUUCUUGCCUCGAGUUCAUCUUUGAAAACAGUAAACACGGGGAAGCCGGCUAAAAGCUUUAAGCUUCAGCUUAAGGACUUAGGAUUUUGAGAGACGCUUUAAUACUUGUCUUCGUGAAUGAAAAUUUUUGUCUCUGUAAAUGUUUCACCGAAUUAUAUUUCUUUUAUUGAUCGUUAGUAGUCUCUUGCAAUUUUAAACACUUUGCCGUUUGUUUUCAGUCGUUCAUAAACAUCGCUUGGAGGAGUACUCAAAAUGCCGCGCGUAUCAAAUGCUCUUUAAGAUUACACAUCGUUUUAAAACCAUUAAAUGAAAAAUAAACACAAUAAAUUCUUUAUUAUGUGGAAGCGUAACUCUUUUAAUGCUUACUGAAAAUUUGGCGCUUGUCAAAAGUGAGAACCGGCUGGCCGUACGGGGGUUUUUUGAAAUUUUUUGAACGGUUUUGCUAAAAGCCCACGUGUGCUUCGAUGGUUCUGAAUAUUUGUCUUGAAAAAUUGUGAAAUACUGCAUUUUGUCUGAGGUCUGUAUGAUAAAAACAGCGCCUCAUAUUACUGUUUCACCUCAGAUGUGAUGUAUAAAAAGUAUGAAAUGUUGGUUUACACGCACCCAGAUUUGUUGGCAAGAUUUUGUUAAGUAAACUUGUCGAACGUCAAAAAUUCGGCCUGAUUUGUUUUCCAAGAAUUCGUUUUCCAGGCCUAAUCUACUGUGAUCAAGAGCCAUCAUGGCUCUUAAAUGUGAUCGAAGAUGAUUGCUAUUUUUUGAGUGUACAUAUAAGGCUAUCAACUCGAUGUAAGAUUUUUUUUCACUCUAAAAUCACUUAGCCUGAGCUUUCCCUAAAAAGUCACAUAUGUGCCCUAAGUUAACCGAUUUGUAGAUUACAGGUUUAUUGUUUGAUCUAAAUUAUAAAUUUAUUAAUGGGAGCUUCGCUUUUAGCCCUGGCUAAAUCUAUAUAUUAAGUGUAGCAAGCGUGGAAGCCGUAGCAAGAGUAACAAGUAUAGCAAGCGCCGUUGGCAAGUGUCGCAAGUAAACUUGCAAACGUUGGAAGGGUAGUAAGGAGAGCAAACGUUGCGAAGCAAGCGUAGCAAGCGUAGAAAGCGUAGCAAGUGUGGCAAGCGUAGCAAGCCCAGCAAGGGUAGCCAGCGUAGCAAGCGUAGCCGAAGCGUAGCAAGGGUAGCAAGCGUAGCAAGUGUAGCC